AAUAAACAUCACCGUCCUUAGUGAGAAGACUAUGGGGUAACGUAAUGCUCAGCCCAGCAAGAUAAUGUCGACUAAUGUGGUUUGGGACGGAUAUAAUCCACCAAGAGGAAGUAACAAAUGCUAAAAGGGGUUAUGACAUUAUAAUGACGUACUUGUAAUGCGGUCAGUUGAAUAGAAAACUGAAGCUGCCAGUGUAAACGCCUCAUAGGAGCUCAUCUUCUGUCUGAAUCCCUUAUUAUACUCUGAAGAAAGUGAUUUGGUGUACCUCCUUCCAAAAUGAGCCGGGACGUUCCUAUCCACAGCUGGCCUGGCUCCUAUUACAUCAACAGUGAGAAGCGUUGGGAAAAUGGCACCCUGUCCCUCACCAGGACCAUGGUGCGCUUCAUUUCUAACCAGAGUAAGGAGAGUCUUGCCAGCUUCCGCCUCUCCCGUAUUAUAGAGAUCAAGAUGGAGUCAUCCAGUUUCAUCUUUAGCACUCUAACAGUGCUUGAAGAGGGGAACAUGAAACACUGGUUUGGCUCCCUUAAGCCCAACAGGGUGGUGGUUUAUAAUGUGUUGGAACAUUUCUGGAGAGAACGUCUCCUGUCCCCUGGUUCAGAGGCCCGUGGGGCCGAGUCUCAGCCCUCUAAAGGCAGAGAGCUGAUCACCCUGGUGGCCGGGGCCCAGAGAAGACUGGAGGACACUGGCAGAGUCCUCAGCCACCAAGGAGAGCAGUUUGAUGAUAUGAUGCAGGGACUGGAGAAGAUUGACUCUGACCUGGGCGUAGCUGAUAAACUUCUGUCAGAGCUGGAGUCUCCCGCCUGGUGGCCUUUUGGUAAACUCCCCUGGAAGACUCAGCAAGAAGCCAAGGCAGAGGACGCUGCAAGAGCUGCAGCUUCCGCUGCUGCUUCAGCUGCUGCUUCAGCUAGCAGGGGGUCUGGUAGAAGUAAGGUGAUAUCAAGCAUCCCAGCUGUAGUAUCCAAAGGUGGAGACUCAGAUUUGAAACCAGGAUGUUUGUUGGUGCUGGUGUCCUCAUUGGAGGUACGAGACACAAAUUGCCAGCUCCUUCAUCGUUUUGAACGAAAUGAAAUAGACGAAAUCAGGGUGCAGAGUCCUUAUGAGAUUACUGUUAGACAGCGGUUUAUUGGGAAGCCAGAUAUAUGCUACAGGCUCCUGUCUGCCAAGAUGCCAGAGGCAAUGUCAGUGUUAGAGAUGCAGUACAAAAAGAAGGUGGAGUUCACAACUGAAUACACUGCUUUCAAGGCAACUCCAGUUUCAUCGCCGUGUGACUCAGAAGGGACAACAUGGAAUGAAGGUUUGUUGCAGACGUGCCAAGAGACAGAGCUCCCACUGGAGGUCCCAGCAGGAGAGCUGUCCCAGUUGCAGGUGCAUGUCCUCCAACCAUCUGUCAGUCAGGCUGAGGCCCAAGAACUUAAACAGAUGCUGAUGCAGCUGAAGAACCUUGCCCUGGAGGCAGAGACAGAGCUGGAACGACAGGAUGAAGUUCUGGACGUCCUGACCAGCUCCACGGACCGGGCCACCAUGCACAUAGAGAAGCACACCUGCCGUAUGAAAAGACUGCUGUAGCUCUGACAGUCCAGCUGAUGCAUGUGGUCACCAUGUCCCUCCUGACAAAAGCACUGUAAGCUUCCUCAUUGUCCUCAUGGGAUCUGUACGGUUAGACAAUACUGCAAAACAGCAGUAGGGACUUGCAUAUACUCUAAAAUAGUACAUAAUUUUUGUUGCAUUUGAUGGUACAAUUACAUGGGGUCAAGUGUGAGUGGUCUCAUGGAAGUGAAGCAAUGUUCCCUUAACACUGAAGAUAAUCACCAAAAUCCUUGAAAUUUGCACAUCAGUUAUUAUGACUUUAAAUAAGAGAUAUGGUUCCUUGUUCGAGAGAAAUUAUGUAAUUAAUGGGCUUUUUGGGCUCAUACAUAUUCUGUCUUCUUUCUACAUGACAUUGUUUUAUUUCGAAUAAUUCAAAUGUGUGCCUGAGAUAAAUCAACCAUCUUUAUGAAGGAUGGAGUCUCUUGGUUGGAUCGCGUGGGAUCUGGGGGAAUAGCAUGAAUCCUCGGUGCAUGUCAUAUCCUCCCAGUAAAGCUGGCAGGUGAAAAAAAUAAGCAGACACGUCUAUGUGUACCAAAGGGAACACACAACAGUUUACACCUUCCCCUGGCACAGUGGGAGACGGCAAUGACAGUGACUACAGUGAAGGGCGAAAUGUACACUAAAAAGCGAAAAAGGGAAUAACUUUUUUUUUUCUCACUGCACCAACAAAUUCAAAACAAAUUGCAUGUUGUUUCCGUAUGUGUUAUUUACAAGACAGAUGUAAGAGAAAAGGAUAUAUAUGAUUUAAAUUUCAUGAAAAUGAUUGGCAAAUAAUAAACUAACAGAUAAGAUUAGCAUAUAUCAUCAAAGUAAUGUCUGUGUUUCUAAUGAUGUACCUGUGCCAUCCUUCCUUUUCAAGACCACAUCAGUCCUGAUAAAUUGUCCUUCUCAGGUCCUAGGUUCUACUUAUCCUCUCUGUACAUGGUUUCCCUGUUGCUUAAUGUUGCAUGUCUCAAUUUUGCUGCUUUGUACUGCAUCAAGUGGAAAUGUCUCAUCAUUAUCAAUAACUAGCAGAAGAUUGUAAAUGUGCAACCAACUUCUGGGACUCUAGAAAACAGAACAGAAUACACUUCCUCUCUCUGUUUUUAAAUAUUAUACACAAUAUUAUACUCCACGUUAAGGUCCACAUCUACUGUAUAUGACUUGCUUAAGAUUGAAUAGUCUAAGUCUGUAUUAUCUAUAAAAAACUGACAUAUUGUAAUUCUGUAAUUUCAUUGUGGUCUGUUAUCACUGUGAUCAUGUAAUUAGCAGUUAGUUUAACUUGAAAUAUCUGUAUGUUUAAAAAUCUGGUAGUAGUUCUAUAUAGAUGCUUCUUUUUGCUGAUGAUGCCAAAUUUAUCUUGACACUGGAUACAACUAAACGGUUUCGCUCUAACUAUUAAGGAAAAAUAGACCUACAUCUUUCUUAAUGAGCAGCACAAAAGGCACUGCAAGUACUGGGAAUUAAUUAUUUUUUAUCAGUGAGGAAGUCAUCACAAUUAAAAGUCUGUAAUAGCAUAUAAUUUGCAAUAAAUUGAA